GGAGUAGGGUGUACCAAGAUGGCCGCCGCCAUGGGCUCUCUCCCAGCUUGUCUGUUCCUGCGAAUGUCCUGAGCGUUUUCUGUAAAUAUGGUGUCAGUGACUGAUCAGUAAAUGUGGGGAUUAGGCCCAUGACCCUGAUUUAUCCUUCUGAUUGCAGUUUUGUGGUUAAAUUGCUUCUAGACAAAGAUGGAGGCCACCCGUCACCUCAUGACCUUCAGGCAGAAGAUCUUAUCCCUGCACAGGCUGAUCUCUCCCAGGACGGUUUCCUGCAGAGCUUCCCUUUACGCAAGGCGAAAUACCCUGCAGAACAUAAAGUCUAGGGUGGUGCGUCAGACUUCUGUGUACUGCAGGCCUCAAUUUCCAGCUUUGACCACCAGAUGCCACCAGAUGGUUGGGAACAAGUCCGAUGGAAAUAAAGGACUGAAAAAUGCAAUUCAUGGAAAGCUGAGUAAUAAUUAUGUACAAAGUUUUGGUUCUUUCACAAGGAUGCCUCGAACGUUAACUGUACCACAAAGCCACAUGUCCUGCGCCAAAAACAUCCACACCACCGCACGGCGGAAUGUCCUGCUGCCGCCCCAUGUCUGGCUGCUUAUCAAACCAGUGCAGAAACUGUUAGCAAUUAUCCUUGGCAGGAGUGUAAGGAAGUGGUGGAGGGCUCUCCCUGCAAACAAGCGGCAGCUAUUCAAACAGAGCGUGAGGGAGAAUAAGUGGAAGUUGUCUAUCGGUGCUGCCGCCCUGGGCUCCGUCAUCAUUCUCUUUUACUUCACUAAUCUGGAAGAAACGCCGAUUACGGGGCGCAGCCGCCUCCUGGUGUUCAGGAAGGAACACUAUGACUUGCUGACUACACUGGAGUACGAAAGUCUGAUUGAAGAGUUUAAGGACAUUAUGCUUCCGAAGGAAGAUGCCCGUUAUCAGCUGGUGCAGAAAAUUGUAGACCAUCUUAUCUCCUGCAACAGUGACCUGCCUGAGGUGUCCAAGAUUGAGUGGACAAUUCACGUGGUGGACAGACCGCUCAUUAACGCCUUCGUGCUGCCGAACGGCCAGGUGUUUGUGUUUACCGGCAUGCUGGAUGCGGUGGCAAACAAUGACCAGCUUGCCUUCAUUUUGGGUCAUGAGCUGGCUCAUGCUAUUCUAGAACACAUGGCGGAGAAGGCCAGCGUCACCCACUUCAUGGACUUUCUCUUCCUCAUUUCCUUGACCAUGAUCUGGGCGAUUUGUCCCAUGGAUAGCCUUGCCGUGGUCGGUCAGUGGGUUCAGUCCAAGCUGAGAGAGUUUAUAUUCGAGAGGCCGUACAGCAGGACACUGGAAGCAGAGGCUGAUAAAGUUGGCCUGGAGUUGGCUGCAAAGGCCUGUGUUGACGUGAGAGCCAGUUCUGUCUUCUGGAAACAGAUGGAAGUCAUGGAGACCCUGGGAGAACAGCCUCGCAUCCCGGAAUGGCUUUCCACACAUCCGUCGCACGAGAACCGAGCGGAACAUCUGGACAGACUCAUACCAAAGGCCCUUAAGUUGAGAGACUCCUGCAACUGCUCUGAGCUCCCCUCUGUCGACCCAAGGUACAUUUUUGAGUUGAGUGUGAAGCAUCUGCUCCAGACCCAAAGGGGCCGCGAUGGACAAGCGAUCGCCGGAGAACUGGUGCCUGUCCAGGUGGAUGACCGAGUCCCUCUCGUUUCCGCAGUCACAGCGAUUUAAUGGAUUAUUCAGCAUUUCACGACUCUCCGUCUGGAAUGGGAAAUGUUUGACAACAUUGAGCGUUGCCCGGGAUGGUCUGUCUUACACAACAUUACAUUGACGGUUCUGCGUGUUUCUCUCCUGGCUGUGGCUUUAUAGAAACAUCUUCUAGUGUUUUCUACUAAUAUAUUUUAUACAGUGGUCAUCUUUUUAAGGCGGCUACUGCGCCUCCAUCCAAGGACCGUUUUGAAGCGGGUUUUUUAAUGAAAUGGUGUGCGGGUAAUUUUCUGUGACGCUCUAACCCAGGGGUGGGCAACAUUAUUGUCUUUCAGCGCCAGGUGCUCAACAUUACAAACCAAGAUAAUUUAGGGUUCUCACCGCCCUUUCAGCCUAUACAUACAUAUAUAUAUAUAUAUAUAUAAGUAAUAGAUGGGUCCUAAUAUUGGGGGUCAUUCCGAGUUGAUCGCUAGCUGCGUUGUUUUUAGCGCAUCGAUCAGGCUAAAAAUCGGCAUUUCUGCCCAUGCGUAUGCCCCGCAAUGCGCAGGUGCGUCGUACGAGUACAGUGAGCAUUGUGGGUUUGCACAGAGUCUAACGAAGAUUCCAGUCACACGGCCGAACGCAGGAAGAUUGACAUGAAGUGGACGUUUCUGGGUGUCAACGGACCGUUUUCAGGGAGUGCUUCGAAAAACGCAGGCGUGGCAGAAGAAACAGGUGUGGCUGGGCGUUCGCUGUCAAAAAGCCACACCGUUCAUUAAAUAGGUCCUGUCGAAUCCAUUCCGACAAAUUCAUGUCGGAAUGGAUCCGACUUUAAUUGAAUAUCGCUGCAACGGCAUUAAUUGCAGCCUGAGUCCCUUUUGGUUGUGCGCACGCGUAGUGGCCGCACUGCGCGUGCGCACACGGUGAGAUGAGAAACCUCUACCUGAUUGAUAGGUGGAGCGGGAGGGGGCGUGCCAACGGCGUUGAAUGGGGGGCGCGGUCCGGACAACGCAGGCAAGUCCACACUGUUGCUGGGGCAAGCCGUCUGCCUGCGUGACGUCACGGGCAGCCACUGCGAGUCGCCUGCCUUUCGCACCAGUGCGGGGAAGAGGGGGGAGGUAGGGCCUGACAUGUGAGGCGGACUAGCCCUGUGCUGGGUGGGCGUCACCUGCAUCUCAGAGAAACUGGUGAUAGAGGUGUUAAAUUUAGCACAUCUACUGCUCGUGAAAAAGCAGCAUUUUAAUGCGCCAGGAAGCCGUGACAUCACUGCAGCACAGCGUAAUGCUUUUCUGUUGUAGCCAGCUCCAGGUUUCUAUGUUCAGGCUGCGUUGUGCGUUGUCAGAGACCGGGCAUAGGACGCACGUGCUGCCAUCCCUGUGUUGGAUACACCAGUAUAUACAGCUUUGUUUCACAUCCAAGGGCAACAACAAUACACAAAUCUAAAUAUGUGGCUGGUAAGCAAGGAUGUUGUGAAUAAAUUGCAGGACGGUGCUUAAAAGCGAAGCCAACGUCCAAACAUCCAUGCAAGAGAAAUAAUUGCAGAAAUAUCCGCAGCACCUUGAGAAAGGGGAGAUAUAAAAUAAUAAAUACCCUUCCCCAAAUAACAGCGGAGAUAUGUCAAUGCACAUGACACUUUCAUAUAUUGGAAUGUUGAUUUUUAAUCUUUCCUUGGACAAGACAGGCCCACUCACUUAUGUACUGUCUUUGUUGCUCACUACACCGUGCCAUAUUUCUCAGUCAGUCAACCCUCACCGCUGACUUCCCCAGUUACUGAGUCACUGGUUGUAUUUUAAAUAAAAAAUAAAAUAAUA